AUGGAGACUGAGCUUGAAAGGCGUGGAAACUUGAAAGAGCUUCAACAGCAUCGGUUUGAGCGAUUCUACAAGUUCUUUCAAUAUUAUGAGAAAGACCCGUUCUCCACUCUCCUAAACAUUGAAACAUCUCUACGGGAAACCUUCCAGAGAGAGGUUACAUUGAAGCAAGAGCUCAUCAAAGCUAAGACUGACAACAAAGAGCACGGUGAUUCUUAUUAUCGUGCUAUAACAAAAAAGCUUGAUGAGUUGAACCAGAAAUAUUGGCUUCUGGAGCGCGAUUGCGAAGCAGUCUCCCUGAGGGUCCUGGGACGAGAGGACUCAGCCUAUGGAGAUCGCAUCCCCGAUGGUAUAUGCAUCGUGUUCUCAAUGACGACUGUGCGGGUAAAGGAGGCUGCUGUGGCCGAGAAUGUGGGUGCUGCUCGAGCCGCGAAAUGGUUCCAGCUCGCAGACUUGGAGUCGGACACUGCACGAUCGAAUGUGGAUGCUGUAUAA